CACUCAUGCACAUAACGUCUGUUGACAACAUACCUGACCUCCUGCAGGAACAGUGGUGCUUUCUUCCCUUUAUAUCCCUGAGAGCUGGCUAAGAGGAGAUAGCAUGAAGCCUAAAUCUCUCCCAUCACGGUUGUUUAACAGAAACUCAGCUGCAGCAUCAGGUGAGGCUCUGAGCGUAGGAGCCGCACGCAAGUACCAGCGACAUGUGGACUGCGUGGAGGACUCUUCCUCCACGGACAGCGAGUCGGUGGCAGACAACAGCAGACAACAUGAGCGGUGCCACAGAGAAAUACACUUUGCUUUUCUGCCGGAGAGGUACGAGCCGCUGACGGAUGAUGAGGCGAAGGAAGAGAAGAAGAAGAGAAAGAAGGAGAAGUACAAAAAAGUAAAGAAGCCUCAGAGCGGAACGUUGGCAAAGCUCUGCGCUCCACCUGGAAAUGUAUGAUGCUUGGUCUCUACAACUUUGCUCUGGGUUACUCCACUCCGAUCACCGUGGCUGCUACUUUUGUCCCUGACUUUCACCGAGGGAGAACCUGAGCUGAUGCCCCUGAAUCUCGUCCAGUUUUAUUUUUUUUAUUUUUACAAGCUAUUGUGUAUAUAACAGCAAUGUCACCGAGCAAAGACUUUUGAUGUUGAUAAUAUUUGUGUAUUUGAAAUUACAUUUUUUUUUUUUACAAGUUUUAAUCAAAGAAUUAUAAAUUUUCUGAAGUUAUUUCUUGUGAUAUAUUAAAACGUGGCUGAUCUUGCUAAUUUUUUUUACUGAAAAACCUGUUGUUGGUCAUAAUGUGUUGUCAUGAUAUCUGGUAUAGUACAGCUACACUUUUUAACCAUAUCUGUGACAUUUUGAGAUCAUAGAUUUUAGAGAAAGGUGUAAAUUUCUCUCUGCAUAGACCUAAUGCUCAUUAUAUACCCCGAUUAAAAAAAUUGCACGUGU